AGCAACAAACUUCAGUUGGAAAUGGCAAUCAGCUGCGAAUCAUGAUUAAGCUACGCCUGCGCACACUCAUACUGCUACAAUUCUUGGCUUUGGUUGGUAGCGAAUAUGUUUAUGGAGAGCCCGAAUAUAAAUGCCCAAAGAAGCCCAAAGUCUUGUAUCCAUGUGUUUGCCUAAAAGGCAGCGAUAAUGGUCUUUAUGUACGCUGUGAAAAUACAAAUUUGGCUACGCUAUCCGUGGCCCUGCAAAACUUGGCCUCGCUCGAAGUACCUGUGGAAGAGUUGACCAUUUAUAAAGGUCAUUUUGUAAGACUUUUUGGGCCGCUUUUUGCAAAGCUGAAAGUGCGUUUACUGAAAAUUGAAGAAACACCUCUUGCCACCAUUGAGGACUAUGUCUUUUAUGGCACAAAUAACACAUUGGAGCAGUUGCACUUGCUUCAUACUAAUCUCAGCCAAGUUGGAAAGCUAGCCUUUGGCAUUUUGGGACAUGCUAGUCAGUUGGUGAUUGAUGGCCAUGCCUUCGAGAAACUACCGAAAGAUCUCUUUGUGGGACAAGAUAUAGCCAAUAAACUCGAAGUUAUACGAAUUAUCAAUGGACGCUUGAGCGAUUUGCCUGUGGAAACAUUCCAGCCCCUACGCAAAUUGAAAACCCUGGACCUGCAUGGCAACAAGUUGGAGAAUUUAAAGCGCAGUCAGUUCAAAAAUUUACGUGAAUUGGAGGUUUUGGACAUAAGCCAUAACAAAAUCAUCAAGUUGGAGGCGCAACACAUUGCUGAUCUCACAAAACUCGGAUGGUUCAAUGCAUCACACAAUGCUUUAAAGGAGCUAAGUCGUGGCACUUUUGCAAGAAAUUCAGUUCUUAAGCUACUUAAUCUGUCCCACAACAAUAUAACACGCUUGGAUGGUAAUAGCUUUCGCGGCAUGCGAUUUUUGCGUCGGCUCUUUCUAAGUGACAACGGCAUUUCGGACGUGGGCCGUGGAACAUUUGGCUCUGUGGCACGAAUUGGAACAAUAGACUUGGCGCGAAAUAAAUUGAAGAAAGUUGAAUAUCAAAUGUUUACGCAAAUGAACUAUGUUGAGCUAAUAGAUCUAGCUGAAAACAACAUUUCGAAAAUCGAAAAGAAUUCGUUUAAAGAUAUUUACCAAGCCGUUAUCAAUGUUUCUCACAAUGCCUUGGAGUUAAUUGAAAGUGCAGCUUUUGAGAACUGCGUCAAUAUAACAGUGCUCGACUUAUCACACAAUCGUUUGGCAAAUUUUUCUCGUCGCAGCUUCGAUGAAACAACCUUCGCCUCCGAAUUUCAACUGAGUUACAACGAACUUACAAAUCUGGCUCAUAUACCAAUACAAAAUAUGACCGGACUUCGUGUGCUCAACGCAUCCCACAACCAGAUUGCAGAGAUCCCCAAGAACAGUUUUCCCAAGCUUUACGAACUCCAUACCAUCGAUGUCUCGCAUAACAAUAUUUCGUUUAUAUUCAACGGCGUGUUCCAAACAUUAUUCUCUCUUCGCUCUGUAGAUUUGAGUCACAACAGCAUGCAAGAAAUAAAAUCCUCUACGUUCGGAACUUUGCCAACUCUACUUGAAAUGAAUCUAAGUCACAAUCUACUGACCAAUAUUGUGCGCGGCUCCUUGGCCAAGUUAACCAGCUUGCGACAGCUGUAUUUAAACAACAAUCAACUGCAAUCUCUAUUCCAAUUGCCCAUUUCGCUAAAUGAGCUGUACUUGGGCAACAAUAAUAUAUCCUCUAUACCGCCAAACACCUGGCCUGUCAUGAAUUCUCUAAUUUAUCUCGAUCUGAGCAAUAAUCAGCUUGCUGAUAGCUUGGAUGGGAAUAGCUUCACGGGAUUGCUGGUGGUGCAGCGGCUGAUGCUCCAAAAUAAUGGCAUUACAAAACCGCCGCUUGCAGCAUUGGCUGUCAUGUCGACCCUUCAAUACUUGCAUUUGGAGUACAACAACAUUACCACUCUGGAGCGUAGUGCUUUUGGAAAGCUGCCCGUGCUCUUCGAAAUCAACUUACAUGGCAACCAAGUUUCAGAUAUAAGUAAACGCGCCUUUGAGGGCCUAUUACAGCUUCUUACUCUCAAUAUGUCGUCGAACGAUUUGCAGCAAUUGUCUAACGACAUAUUCAUUGGGCUACCCUCGUUACGGAUCCUGGAUUUGUCCCAUAAUGCCAUCAGCAAACUGGAUAAUAAAACACAUGGUGUCCUCGAUGAUUUGCUCAGUUUAGAGAGAUUGGACUUGAGUCAAAAUCGCAUUAGCUUUGUCACAAAGAAAACCUUUCCUUCGCACCAAUAUGUACCCUAUAAUUUGAAGUACCUGGACUUGAGCUACAAUCAAAUGCCAGUUCUGACCUACGACAUUACAUUCGGCACCAAAAAGCUCCUGCACCUUAAUCUGUCGCAUAAUCUGAUCAACGAGUUACGUCGUGGCGUUUUGGCCAAUUUCACUUCAUUGCAACUUCUGGACCUCUCACACAACGAGCUCAGUAACCUUCAGUCCGAGGAGCACAUUUUUGAUUUGCCUUCAAAUUUAAUGAGCAUUGAUCUAUCCUAUAACAAAAUCUACCACUUACCAUUUGCUAAUUUGGUGAAGUCCGUCCCCCUGGCGUUCAUUGAUUUGCGGCAAAACGAACUAGAACAUUUCCCGCCCUCGCUUGUGGAAAGUUUGCGUAAUGGUUCGGAGGUCUUUCUGGCCGGAAAUCCUCUGCACUGCAGCUGCAAUGCGCGUCCUCUGAAGCACUACAUGCUCGAACAGACGGAGGUUAGCGAUGAUUUAAAAAGCCUACGAUGCCGCUCACCAUCGCCGGUCUACGACCAAAGACUUUUGGAGCUGUCUGACGAGUAUUUGAGCUGCAUGGAGGACGAGAAGCAACUCUAUAACGGUAUUGACUAUGAUCAGCUGACCGAAGUUCGUUUUCGUGAUGUGCAAACCAACAAGGCUGAAAAUCUGACCUUAAGAUGGUAUGUCUCCGCUGCCUCGGAUGUGGCCGACUUUCAUGUCUACAUACGCAGUUCGAGCAACGAAGUUUUGUAUCAGGUCGACUAUGCCUAUAACGAGCGAAUCGCUCAGAUUCCCAUUGCCGAGCUAAAGGCCCAUGGUACUGAGAAGCUACGGAAUGCAGAGAUUUGCAUUGUAUCGCGAAAUAGCUUAGAGAAAUUAAAUAAAUGGUUUGAAGGACAAUGCCAGAAACUGCCAGAGCUGAAGGUCCAGAAGACUUUCUUCUUUGGCAACUUUAGAUCACGAAGUGCCGCCCCGCAAUCGCCAUUUGCCCGCUUGUAUAUAUAUGUAAUGUUCUUUGUUAUCGUUAUAAAAUACUCCUUAUUUUAAGCUUUUCUAAUAUUGAAGCAAAAAGUAUGUAAAUUAAAAAAAUAU